GGAAAGUAGGAAACCGAAAUGUCCUUAUUAUAGCGACGACAGUUUAAUCCGGAGAGAGAAAGACAGUGGCUUUUGAGCUCUGGUAAGAGUGACUCUCUCUCUUUAGUCUCUUCAUCUCUGGAAAGCUAGAAGCUUGCUUUAUAUUUGCUAGCCUUUCCAUAACGUUUUGGUUUGGGAAUUUGGUACGUCUCACUACUUUGGCAAAUGGGUAAUCAGUUAAGUUAGGCAGGAAUGUGGAGUGAUGGUUGUUUCCCUUACUGGGUUCUUUUGCUAAUGGUGUUUGGAUUAAGUAAUCUAAGAAUGCCAGCCUAAUCUCCUGUCUCUUUUUCCCUUAGUAUAUAGAGGAGAGCUUUUUGGUGGUUGUUCUCUACUCUCUAAGUGGUGGCUCAAAUGAUGGCUGAUUUAGAUCCUCCAUUUCCAUCCAUGGCUAAGCCAAAACUCCCUCUCUGGGUUUUUGUCAAAGAUUUUAGGCUGGUACUUAAACUGGAUGAGCUCGGUUUAGAAAUAGCUCGAAUAGCUCUGCCAGCUGCUAUGGCUUUGACAGCUGAUCCCAUUGCUUCUCUUGUUGAUACAGCAUUCAUUGGCAGAAUAGGUUCUGUAGAGCUUGCUGCUGUUGGAGUGUCCAUUGCUUUAUUCAAUCAAGUUUCGAGGAUUGCAAUCUUCCCACUAGUCAGUGUUACAACGUCGUUUGUAGCUGAGGAAGACGUGAUGGCGAAAGUGGCAGCUGAAGCAGAAGAGAGCGAGUCCUUGGAAACCGGCAUAGUUAGUAACAAUGAGAGUAACGAAUUGAUACCACAAAGUGGUGGACCUCCAAAUUCUGGAGAUGUCAGCAGCUUUGAGGUAGCUAGUAGUAAGGUCACAAAUGAAAGAAGGCAUAUUCCUUCUGCCUCAUCAGCUCUGGUCAUUGGUGCCAUUCUUGGCCUUGUCCAAACUGUGUUCCUCAUUUCUGCUGCAAAACCUCUUCUCAACUUCAUGGGAGUCAAAUCUGACUCGCCGAUGUUAGCUCCUGCACAACAAUACUUAACCCUGAGAUCGCUUGGUGCUCCUGCGAUUCUCCUCUCCUUAGCAAUGCAAGGUGUUUUUCGGGGUUUCAAGGAUACGAAAACCCCUUUGUAUGCUACUGUGGCUGGUGAUGUCACAAACAUCAUUUUGGAUCCUAUACUUAUGUUUGUUUUCCAUCUCGGGGUCAGUGGUGCCGCCAUUUCCCACAUCAUAUCCCAGUACCUGAUCGCAAUCAUACUCCUGUGGAAAUUGAUUGCACAAGUUGAUCUAGUACCACCUAGCAUCAGGCAUCUACAAUUUGGCCGGUUCCUCAAAAACGGCUUUCUGCUAUUGAUGAGGGUAGUGGCUGUGACAUUCUGUGUUACUCUCUCUGCAUCCUUGGCUGCCCGACAAGGUCCAACGUCCAUGGCAGCAUUUCAGAUAUGCUUGCAGGUUUGGAUGGCCACAUCUCUCCUCGCUGAUGGAUUGGCAGUGGCUGGCCAGGCAAUAAUCGCAGGUGCUUUUGCUCAGAAAGAUUUCGAGAGAGCCACAGCAACUGCAUCUAGAGUACUGCAGCUGGGAUGGCUUCUGGGUCUGGUGCUGGCAGUGGUACUUGGAUUGGGGCUGACAUUCGGAGCGCGAAUAUUCACCAAUGAUGUCGACGUUCUUCACCUAAUUGGCAUAGGCAUCCCGUUUGUUGCAGGGACUCAACCCAUCAACGUAUUGGCUUUCGUCUUCGAUGGGGUCAAUUUCGGAGCAUCAGACUUCGGUUAUGCUGCCUACUCAAUGGUUCUGGUGGCCAUAUUCAGCAUAGGGUGUUUGCUGUUUCUGUCUGCAAGUUACAAGUUCAUUGGCCUCUGGAUUGCUCUUACCAUCUAUAUGAGCCUCAGAGCUUUUGCUGGUUUCUGGAGGUUGGGGACUGGUACAGGGCCAUGGAACUUCCUCAGAAGACUGUGAAAAAAAAGGACCAGGACCACCUUUUACAGCUUAUACUUUGCUGCUCUGUAUUUGUGUAGUUGCUCACUAGAAAGAAAUCCCGAAGUCUGCAUUUUGUCUACAUGUAAAAACAACAACGAAUAACCUCCCUUGUUGUAAAUAAGAACAGUAGACUUUUGAGCUCAGGAUGUUAAUGUGGUGAAGUGUCAUCGACUCUGACGAAGACCUGGUUCUUGUUUUUCUUGUUUUCUAAUCUUAUCUUAAAAUAUAUUAAAGGAGAUUGAAAAUAUGACCCCCUCCACGUAAGCCUCCAAGGCUUCUCCGCACUUCUCGGUUUUUUUAGGGUUUUAAAAUUUUUUUAAUUUUUUCCCCUUAAACCGUUUCCUUCGCCGAUGAAUUUUUUUCCUCCCACUAUUUUUUCUCUCUCUAGCCUGCGCCACUUCAAACUUAUCCCUUCAUCUUUUUUUCCUAAGUUAAUUUUAAUAACUAGCGUGGCCCCGGCCAUUUGGCCGGAGGAAGGUGAGGUAUGAAAUUUGAUAAUGUAAUGUGGUGUAUAGUUUAUUAUUGUAUAGUUUUUUUUUAAACACGUGAUAAAAAUAGUGAAUUUUAGUAGGAAAGAGACAUGAAUGAUGCAACAAAUCAAAAAUCAGCCUUAUGAACCAAAAUCAAGUACAUGUUACCUUGUGAAACAAUAUUGUUUCUUGUAAUAUGAUGAGGUGGACUAAGUUUUAUAGAAACCGAAUUCCAAAAAAUCGAAUAAAAAAUCGCCUAUCCCGCCGGUUUUCGGGAAAUAAGCAUCUCACAAUCAUUGCUAACUUUUACUCAGCCCGUUGGCCGAUUAAUUUGCUUUAUAAAACUUUCAUCUUGUCAUCAUUGUGAUUUCUGGUUUUUUUCCAAGUCGUGAUAAAAUCUAAAGAUAUCAAGAAUGAACAACACGAUUUGGGAUAGGAACCACCGUUCCUGUAUCCCUAGAAAAUGGUGGUAAACACGGACUCAUCUACCAAAUUGGUUUGGAUUGAGAUUUUUAUCGGGUAUCAGGGAACCAUGUUAUUAUAAUUAGACUUGAUCAAAAAGGGCCAAAACUUGAAAUUUAGCAUGUUUGGCCGACCCAUGCCAAACUCUAAUUAUUCUUUACUUUUAAACUUUCUAUUUGAAAAUAAAAAAAUAAUGAAAGAAAAGAGAUGACUGCAAUUCUCCAUUUGCACUUCACUAAUUCAAAAGUAAAACUAUAGAAUUUCGAAAGGAAACUGAAAAUGUUUAAGAUCGUUUUAAUGUUAAAAAUAACCAAACAGAUCUUUCUGUUUAGUUUUUUUACUAACAAAUACCAAACGGUUCCCUAUAAUAUACACUAUAAUUUAAUCAUUAUGAUAUCAAAUAAAUACAUAAUAUAUAUUUGAAAUGAUAAAAAUUGGACUAAUUGGGUUGGUCGAGGUUGAACCAUUGAAUAACUUUAAAAUACAUUAUAUUUUAGCCACUAAGAUAUAAAAUAAUAGCAUAAUAUAUAUUAUGCAAGAUAAAAUAGCUUGUUUUAGAAUGACAAACCCAUGAUGUUCAUUUGUUUUACUUGAUGGGCAAAUCCCGUGUAGGUCAGGCUCAUUUAACUCUUUUAUUUUAUGAUUAACGGUUAGCCCAUUAGAAUCCAUGCAUUAGUUUAUUGUUAAAUUUUUUUUUCUUUUUAGCAAUAAAAAGGAGUAUUGUUUUUGCCUUUUCAUAUAUAUUUUACCACCACGAAGAAAUAAAAGAACUUAAAGAAAAAAAUUGACACUCCUGGACCCGUUUAAAUCCGCAUGUGUACGGUAAGUUGGCCCAUUCCACAGAUGAAAAAGAAAAAAAUUGACACUCCCUAUUCUACCCUUCCUACUAACGCUACUGGAGCAGGGAAUUUGAAAUGGGGGAAUGAUUUUUUCCUCUCUGCGAUUAUAUGUUUUUAAUUUAAAAAGAUACAACAAAUGUACUUAGUGUGA